UCCCUUGGGCUUGAAGGCUUGGCCCAAGCCGGCGCCCAAGUCUGCGCCCAAGCCCACGGCCAAGGCCGCGCCCCGGCCCGCCUCGAAGCCCGACGCCACGCCCAAGCCGGCGCCAAACUCUGCGCCCGAGUCCACGAUGGAGGCCGAGCCCGCUCCCAAGGCCGAGCCCGACCCGGCGCCGCAGUCUGCGCCCAUGCCCAUGGCGAAGCUUGCUCCCUCUACGCCCGACCCGACGGCCCAGGCUGCGGCCACAUCUUCCGCGACGUCUCCAACUACAAGACCCCGCACCCCUCCGUCCCGAACCGUAAAACCCAUAGCCCCCAUUCUCCUCUCUCCGUCUUCUUCGCCGCCUCCAAGAACACCCUCACCCCCACCGCUUCCUCUGCCUCCGCCUUCCGACGCCGCCCCUCCGCUGCCUCCGCUGUCCCCGCGCGCCACCUCAGGGCGCUCGAGCUCGACCGGUCCAAAACCUCCCGCAAGGUCGCUUGGAGCCUUAAAGGCGCCCAGGCCCGUGGGUGAUCCCGCGCCCAAGUCGUCGGCCGAGCUCGCGCCCAGUCGUGUCUCCAAAUCCUCGUCUGGGCCUGCACCCAAGCCCUCGCCCCGGUCCGGUUCCAGGCCCGCAGACAAGACCUCGUCGAAGCCCUCCUCCAAGCCCACGUCCGAGCCUGAGCGCAGGGCCGCACCCGACCCGGCACCCAAGUCGACACCGAAGCCCACGCCCAAGUCCAUUACGAUGCCUGCGUCCAGGCCGCCCGUGGCCGAGCCCGGGCCCGAGCCGCGGCCCAAGCCCAAGCACCAGGAGGGUGGGAGCCAGCAUGGGGCAUUAGUGGACGCAGAAAGCCCGCCCGAGCUUAGGUCUGGCCCAGGGCGCCGGAUAAGGGUCCAAUUGGGUCCCAGGUGGCAGGAGAGAAGGUUUGCGGAUCCGAACCACACAUCCGACCCGAAGGAAGCAUGCAGAAGGAGGGAUCCGAGAGAUCCGACAACUAGUUUGGAGGGGGGCCGCACAGAAAACGAGAAGGAUGUAGAGAAUCGUAGGAAGAAACUCCGCCGGUUCCCGAGGGAGAAGAAAAUCCCCCCAGAGCUCCUUUUGUCUAAUUCUGCCAGAAGGGAUCCCUGGGAUAGAGAUACGAAGCUUCCCUUCGCGGGUACAGGGGCCAAAAAGGCGUUAGCAAAACAGCUGGCGAAAGGGGGGCGUGAAAGCUGAAGGCGGCAGUCUGCAGCCCUGAUGUCACCGUUGUCUAGGGAUGCGGGGACAGCGGAGAGGUUUGAAAAUUUAAACGACCCGCCACCCGAGACGUCAACGGACACCCGUUCGCCGGCCAAAGAGGCGGAUGCGGCGAGGGGAGGGGCCGCAGAAUAUUCAACGGACAAGGCGGCCGCCUUGGCUGGCGAAGAGGUCGCGGCGAGUGGGGGGGAAGUGACAAUUGUACGAUAGCCAAUUUGGAGAUACUUUAAAAUAACGUAUCGCCCUUCAGUAAUAUGGGAAGAAAAGCAUGAUCUAAUACUGCUUGAUUUAUUGGUAAAGCAAAUUCAAUCAAGAGGGAGAAAAAUACUAGACUAUAAAAAUAAUUCCUGGCGUGAUAUAGUAACCGAGUUCAAUAAAGCAACAGGCAUGAAAUAUGAAGAAAAACAUUUGCAUGCUCGCUUCGAGAUUUAUAAACGUGAAUAUGGAAUAGUGGGAAAAAUCAAGAAUCGUCCGGAGUUUAGGUGGGAUCAUCAACAUCAAGUAGUAAUUGCCACAGAUGCUGCAUGGAAUAAGUAUAUUCAGGAAAAUCCUAGUGCGAAGGACUAUCGAAGCAGAAAAGUACCGUAUAUUAAUUUAUAUGAAAGUGUGUUUGUCGAGAAAAAAAAAUAAAAUAUCGUGAUUUCCUAUGAGUGACUCUCUUGAAAUAAAAAUAGUGUUGUAAUAUCUUCAUUCUCUAGCUAGGAGGUCUCAACAUGUUCACAGUAAUCUCGCCUCUUGACCGAGGCAAACAUUGUUACACUAUAUUUUGCGCAUGCCACUUCUGAUCUAUUUAAAUAUGUAUUUAUGUUAGCAUCUAUCAUUAGUGUAAGCUUAUAUUAAUGCUCCCUCAAUGAUUUCAUAAUUAAGUCAUUAGAUGCUCUAAAUUGAAUGUGAUUAUUUGAACAACACAAUGUGUCCAUAUAGAGCUGCUGGAGAUGGAUUGUGUAGAGCCGCCGGACUCCGUUGUGGAACUUGACUUUGCCAGUGAGAUGGAGAUCACUGUGCAUGCAGUCGAAACGCCGUCCACAAUGAUGUUCUAUGAUUACGAUUUUCUACUAUUUUCAAUCAUCA